GCGGAAGUGUCUGGGAUUCUGCUCAAUCCAUCUCUCCAAAACAGUAGUCUUUAAAGGGAGACUGGGCGAGCACUGUUUCUCUUUCCCACGUCCAUCAGCUGAGCUCCAGUCAGUGUCGCUAUUUAUCGUGGCUGUAACAUCGCGGGACCUGCUGUAACAGGUCUGCGCCACCAACGUGAACGCCUGCCUGGACACAGGAGAGGAUUAAGUUACUGCUGCUGGCGGAGGAUUAUUUUAUUGGCCUCAUCAUCUCUAGCCCGAAUAUCCAGGGAUCAUUUUUCCAAUUAAUACAGGUCGCUUAAAAGCCAGAUAUGUCUUUCAGGCGAGGUGUGGUCAGGCAAAGCAAAUUCCGCCAUGUCUUCGCCCAGGCAUGGAAAGCCGAGCACUGCAUUGAUGACGUCAGAGUGUCCCGGGUGACGUGGGACAGUCCUCUCUGUGCGGUCAACCCCAAAUUCAUUGCCGUUAUCAUUGAAGCGGGUGGAGGAGGUGCCUUCCUUGUCGUUCCAAUCAGCAAGAGUGGCAGAAUUGACCAGUCUUGUCCCACCGUCUGCGGUCAUGCAGCACCAGUGCUGGACAUCCAGUGGUCUCCUCAUGACGACAAUAUCAUCGCAAGUGCCUCUGAGGACUGUACAGUCAAGGUGUGGCAGAUCCCUGAUGGGGGACUAACAAGUCCAAUGACUGAGGCCAUUGUGACUCUUGAGGGACACAGUAAGAGAGUGGGAAUCCUGGCUUGGCACCCAAGUGCCUUCAACAUCUUGCUAACUGCAGGUUGCGAUAAUGUAAUUUGUGUGUGGAACGUGGGCACAGGCGAACUAGUGUACCAGCUUAGUGACGCCCACCCAGACCUCAUCUACAGUGUCAGCUGGAACAAGGACGGCAGUGCUGUCUGUACUGUCUGUAAGGACAAGGCCCUGCGUAUCAUUGACCCACGAAGAGGCACUGUUCUCAAGGUCAGAGAAAAGGUCCAUGAUGGUACCAGGCCUAUGAGAGCUGUGUUUCUCUCUGAUGGAAAAAUCCUGACCACAGGCUUCAGCCGAAUGAGUGAGAGACAGCUGGCUCUGUGGGAUAUGAAAGAUCUCUCGGAGCCAAUGGCCGUACAGGAAAUGGACACAAGUAAUGGAGUUCUUUUGCCCUUUUAUGACCCUGACACAAACAUGGUCUAUUUGUGUGGAAAGGGGGAUUGCACCAUCCGAUAUUUUGAAGUGACAGAUGAAUCCCCAUACGUUCACUUCCUCAGUUUAUACAGCAGCAAGGAGCCACAGAGAGGUGCAGGCUUUCUUAGUAAAAGAGGUGUGGAUGUCAACAAGUGUGAAAUUGCCAGGUUCUAUAAGCUGCAUGAAAGGAAAGUGGAACCCAUUUCAAUGACUGUACCACGAAAGGCAAAUCUCUUCCAGGGAGACCUUUACCCGGACACAGCUGGCCUGGAGCCAGCUCUCCUGGCUGAUGAAUGGAUAGCCGGGCAGGAUGCACCACCACUGCUGGUCUCUCUGAGCAGUGGUUACACAGCUCCUCCAUCCAAACACAGAGACACCCACAGAAGCAAGCCCAAGCUCACCUCUCAGGACUCUGGGACUGGGGGAGCCACACCUUCAGCAGGGAAUGUAGCCAGUUCCACAUCUACACCCACCACUGCUGCCAAGGAGACGGAAGAAGAGGUGUCACAGCCACGAGUAGCCACAAGGGAGACAGACGGGAAUGCUGAGAGGCCGAAGAAAGAGGAUGACGUUUUAAAUGAGCUGUUAGCAGAAAUGAAGGCACUACGGGCCGUCGUCCUCGCUCAGAGCCAGAGGAUUGAGUUGCUGGAGAGGCAGCUAGCUCGGAUUGAAGAUGGGGACGUGUGAGAAAGCAGGAGACUCACUACAUGCGGAUGGCAUUCCAACUAAAUCCAUAGACCAUAGCCUUACUAGAAUCAACAGUACCUUAAGCUGUGUGAGUGCAAGGAUUUAGUGUAAUGUAGCGGCCUACUGUGAGUCACAGCGGCUUACAGCCAGGUGAACUAUUGUGAUCAUUUUUUUAGAUGGAUUUCCCGGUUGUGGUUUAGAAUGGGGUGUCGUGUGCACAGAGUGAAAGUGACAGUAAGAUUUUUUUUUUUAUAUGGUGGUGCUAGAGUGCAGCUUUGCAAAAUCCUUGCUGUAAUUUAAAGGAUUCCCAAGGAGUUACUGCGACAUGAUUGCCUCAAAUUAUUGCACAAAGUGGUAAUUGAAAAGCAUUAUAUUCAAGCUAAUAAAGGUUGACAUACUAUAGCAAAGCAAGUCAGUACCUCUGAUAUGAUUUUUUUUUUGCCCUCUGAAGCACUCAGAAAUGUAACCAUUACGGCUAUUUAAUCAGGUAGUUAAAGCUGCUAAACUGUCAUGUCAUAUCAAACUCUAAAAUUGUUAACUCAUUGUGUGACUUGUGCUUUGUUCUACUACUUCAUCAUAGGACAUGGUGUGUAAAGUUUUAAAGUAGAAAAUGUUCUGGUGCAUUAACCAUGAUCUUGACAGUGAGAGUUGAGUGAAUGAUAGCUGAUGAGAGUGUAGUUGAAUAUUUAUGUGUAACGUAAUUCCGUGUAGUCUUUGCCGUCAAUGAAAAGGUAACACUUGUGAUUUUGUACCCCAUGUUGUAAGGCUAGAACAGUGGCUAUGUAAAGUUUUCUGAAACACCAUGAGGCAACAGUUUUGUCCAGGUUAUCAUAUACGUAUGAAAUGCUUACUUCUUUGUUGUUUUUUUUACGUGUGGAAAGGCGACAGAAUAGGUCUGCCUUUCUCAGAGCCAGGAUCUUUGAUAGGCAGAAAAAGAGUUAGUAGUUGCAAUGAAAUGUCAAACAUUUUCUGCAGUUGGCGAUGGCACUUGUUUUGGCGUUAAAGGAAGCACAGACUUGUUCGAUUUUAGUUUUGUGUUUUUGCCAUUACUUUACAUUUCGAGGCAUUAAUCUGUUACUUUUGUUAGUGUUCUGCGUCAAUGGUACAUUCAACAUCAAGAUUUUCCCUUUAUUACUUUCUUUAUGCACUGACCUCUUAAAACUAACUGUUAAAACAGUAGCAGGUUGAAUGAGACUACAUUGUGUAAAUCCAUUAAACAUUAAUUCCUA